AUGACUCGAAGUAGGGUGAAGCUCGAUCUUGGCCCUCAUGGCAAAGUGCUUGCCUCGGUCGUCGACUUUGAGGAUGCAAGAGCUGUAGCAGCGGCUCGCUUCAAUGUCCAACCAAGCAGUGUGCAGCUCUUUGUGAGCGAUGGCGAGGAUCUGUGGGAGCUGCAUCCCUCUGCUUUUCAAGAGGUGGUCGCAGAGAAUGGCGUCAUUUUUGCAAAGGCUUUGCUUCUUGCUUCUUCAGCUUCCUCUCCGACACAGGCAAGCGCAUCAUCAUCGGCGCCAAUAUCAUUACCAGCAGCAUCAAGCUCGACAUGCACGGUUGCUAGAGCCGUGUCCAAGCUCGGCUCUCCACGAGCAGAUGCAGCGAUCGCAUCCCCCUCAUCCUCACAACCACUCAUUGCUCGCGCAUUGAAUCAGGCCGGUCCAAGCAAUACACGAGUCAACCGCCAUCGAGCAUCUUCGAUCGCUAACUCUUCUUCAACAAGCGACACCAGCUCCUCAUCUUCUUCAGCAUCCUCGUCCUCAUCAGCAAGCUCGCACUCUUCCUCCUCCUCGGACUCAGACCGUCGAUCGGAAUCAGUCCAAGACGUCACCGCCACCUCUGCCACCGUUCGUACCAUCAUCGGUCCGAAGGGACACCCAAUCUCGUCCAAAGAACGCUGGGAUGCCAAAACCCACCGUCUGAUGUUUGAAAAACUCAACGAGAUCAUCAGCAACGAAAGGAUCUACUACACGCGCAAAUACACUGAAGAGCGAUAUCGUAUCUUUCAGCUGCUUAUCGAUCAUUAUGGUGAUAUGGGCAUCAAGGGCAAUUUCUUGCGCGGCAGGACGGCUCAGGCGUUGAUAUCCAGGGUUUCGGGCGUGUUGAGAACCGCAAGGGACAGGGGAGAGAAGAUUAAGCAGCCGUUCAAGUUUUUCUUUCCAAAUAAAAAGGAUGAUGAGGUUGAGUCGAGGAGUGUAACUGCUCCUGUUGCGGGUGGCAGUAGUGGCAGCGGUGCGAGUGGAAGGCUAGCAGCAGCAACUACACGGACAAAUGAUGAGAGAGGUAGGGCACAGACGCUGCCGGCACAAGCCGACGCGGUUGCAAGAGGCAGAGGCCAGGGCAAAGGCAAAGGCAGGGCUACGAAUGGCGCUGGCGGCGCUCAAGAUGUCGCUCCAGCAUCAGCACAAGCAAAGAACGGACAAGGCAAGAAGAAGGGCAAAAACGCAAAAGGUCAGCAGAAUGCCAUCGCCGCAGCCAAUGCCAACACUCGAGGCAACAAUUCUGCCCCAGCCCCAGCCCCAGCCCCAGCCGCCAACACGAACCCACCAGAGAUCCGUAGAAGGACUGCUGCUGCGGUUGCUCUCCCACAUGCCUCACCCACAUCAUCAUCACGCAAGCGUCCUGCCAAUGGAGCAGCAACGACCGCACCACCGCAGUCGAAGAAGCAGAGAUCGCCGAACAAGCAGCAGCAGCCACCACCGAGGAGACUUAUAUCCAACAGCAAUGGCGGUGCAAGCAACAGAGGUAGAGUUCAACAUCGCACCUUCUCGCCAGAACCAUCUGCAAGGGAUGCCUACCGAUCCAGAGCCGCCCAGAGUAGAUCCUUGUCGCCUCGUCCGAAGGAUGCAUAUCGCCGCGACAACAACGACGACGAGAGGUACUCUCAAAGGGCAAGUAGAUCAACAGAUCACCCAGCAACACCGCGCAGAGGGGAUUCGUGGACGCGUGCAGAUGAUAGAGCCCCUGACGAUGGGUGGGAUUACGACGAUAGACGGUGGUUGCCUCCGCCAAGUUCUUCACUGCCAAGACGGCCGAGUUGGGCGACGGAAGAUGCCGAUAAAGUUGGUUCAGGCUGGGAAACUCCCUCAUCGUCUACACAACGGCCUGGCAGAGGAGGUCGCAGCUCAAGUCGAGCUCGCAGCGAAGUGUUGUUCCGAAACCAAUCACGCUCACCACAAUCUCGCCCGAACGAGCGACUUUCGUCAUCAACCCCGAGAUCGAAUCGCUGGAGAGGAAACAAGCCACCUCGCCCCCACCGAGCUUCUCCUCCACCACCACCACUCAGCGGCUCAGGCACGAGAAAGAACGCUGUAGAACGAGCACUGGAGAGUCUGGCUGCUGCUGGAGCUGAUACCACUCGAGCUUUGCCAGCUGUGGAUGGCGAUAGGCAAACGGAUAAUGGUUGGAAUGGCAGCGCGAAUCGAAGCUGGCAUCGAGAUUCAUCGGCGCCCGAUUUUCGACGGUCAGGGGAUAGACAGAACCAUCAACGUGGGCGAGAAACGCAGCAGCAAGGCAGAGGGGAUCGAGGCUGGCCUGAUGAGUAUGGAGAUGGGGCGUCUCCUGCUAGUCCUAGGACUCCGCCGCUGCCUGAGUAA